ACCUUGCAUUAAACAUGCUGCAUUUAAUUAUUUAAAAACGCUAUCGGCUUUCUGAGUCUCUUCUCUUCCGAUAAUCAUUCAGUUGCUAUAUCAGUCCCGCCACUAAUCCAUCAUUAAUCAUAACGUUGUGUAAAACACAACCCCCAAAAACACACACAACGCACACACACACAACAGUUUACCAGCCCCUGUAAAAAGUUUGUGAAAGUGGCCUGACGUCACACUCCCACAAUGCUCGCGCGCCCCAUAACUCCGCUGCUGCAGCCUGAGGAGCGCGAGACACUCAGGCCCCGAAAAAAGAAAAAUUAGAGAAAAAAUUGGAAAAAAUAAUAAAACAACAGAUCAAGAGGAGAAAGACCAGGAACAGUGGCGUGGGGCUCCCACGGACGAAGACAAUGAUAAGCACUAUUGCAACCUACUCGGCUCCAGUCAUGGCAGGUGGGACCGGAUGAAAGCAUAAAGGUAAAAGAGAAAGACAGAAAAGCACUUAAAUUUCUUUUGGGAGACACGUUGUCGGCAUAAAUAAGGAUAGUGGACGAUCCAGGACCCUCAAACGCCGCUGCGAUAUCGUACCGGAGCCUAAAAGGCAGGGCAGCCACGGCCGCGUUUCAAUGGCAACGCCUCCCUAGGGCUGCCAUGGCAGCAGCCGCAGCCGAUGCCUCACAUCACAUUGCCACACUGACGCUGGAGGACGAAAAUCGUCGAGCUGCCACCAAAGUGUUCGGAGGUCCCACUGCAGGGAGGACGGAAAGAGAGUUAGAGACCGAGAGAGAGAAGGAAGGGAGAGGCAGUGGGAACGAGUGUUUGGUGUGUGGUACCCUCUUCAGUUCGCAGGAUAAGCUUCGGCUCCACGCUUUCUGUCACACGGGAGAAAAACCUUUCCAUUGUUCUCAGCCUCACUGUCUCAAGGCCUUCAGCUCCAAAUAUAAGCUCUUUAGGCAUAUGGCCACACACUCCCCGCAGAAGACUCACCAGUGCUCAUUUUGUGAGAAGAUGUUCCACCGUAAAGAUCACCUUAAAAACCAUCUCCAGACUCACGACCCCAACAAAGAGGCCUUUAAGUGUGAAGAGUGUGGCAAACACUAUAACACAAAGCUAGGUUACAAACGCCACAUGGCCAUGCACUCAGCCACCGCUGGUGACCUCACCUGUAAAGUUUGCUUGCAAAGCUAUGAGAGCACGCCUGCACUCCUGGAGCACCUAAAGAGCCACUCUGGCAAGUCUUCAGGUGGCACCAAGGAAAAGAAACAUCCAUGUGACCACUGCGAUCGACGCUUCUACACGCGAAAAGAUGUUCGGCGACACAUGGUGGUACACACGGGCCGAAAAGACUUCCUGUGCCAGUACUGUGCACAGCGUUUUGGGCGGAAGGACCAUCUGACGCGGCACGUCAAGAAGAGCCACUCGCAGGAGCUGCUGAAGAUCAAGACGGAACCGCCGGAUAUGUUGGGUCUGCUUGGAACUGGUUCUCCGACAUGUGCUGUGAAAGAGGAAUUAAGUCCUAUGAUGUGUACUAUGGGACCUACCAAGGACUCGAUGAUGGCAAAGCCUUUCCCAGGUGCCACCCCAUUUCCAAUGGGCAUGUACAACCCUCAUCAUCUCCAGGCCAUGUCCAACCCGGCUGUGGGUCACCAUCAUUCACUUGUUCCUGGGUCUUUAUCCAGUGCCAUGGGGAUGGGCUGCCAUAUGGAACCUCCUUCAUCACUGCAUCACCAUCACCCACAUCAUCACCACCAUCAUCAUCACCCCCACCAUCACCACCACUCCUCACCUCCACCCUCGCACCAGCAGCAGCCUUCCAGCUUGCCGAACCAGCAACAACAGCACCCGCAGCAGCCGCCCAAGUACCAGCUCGGAUCUACCUCAUACCUGCUGGAGAAGCAAUUGAAGGUGGAGAUGGACAGUUUUUUGAUGGAUCUACAGAGUGGGCUCCCAGUUGCUCCGCCUCCCUCAGCCGACCCCCACUCUGCGGCUUCAUCCAAUAAGGAGGGCUUGGAACCUCCGGCGGGAUUGUCGGAUGACCUUUGCGGGGACCCCCUCAUGUCCAAGAGCCCCGCAGUCAUUGAGUCUUUGUGUGCUGCUAACAUGGACUUCUCUCAUCUCCUGGGCUUUCUUCCACUCAAUCUGCCACCCUACAGCGCCCCCAUGAGUUCAGGAGGACUGGUCAUGGGAUAUUCGACUUCCUCAACUGUUUCUUCUUCCUCGUCGUCGUCAGCAUCUUCGCAUGCUGCCGAAUCACAUGCUGCCACGUUAACAGCUGCGGUGCCUCUUACCUCGUUGCAACCUCAACCUCAGGAGCAACCAGGCUCCGGUGGGGGUCUCGGUCUUGGGCCUCUGCACCCGCUCCCACCAGUGUUCAGCUCCAGCCUUAGUGCGACCACUUUGCCUCGCUUUCACCAGGCCUUUCAAUGAGGUUUCUCACCUCAACCUAGCCCAUCAAGCGGAUCAGGGUCAAGAACACUUGAACGCAUAGAAGCCUUAAAAAAGCGCACAACAGCUUUUGAAUGAGCCUGGAGGAAAAUGCAUAGGAAAUAUGGAGCUUUUAUUUAGGCUAUGAAUUUUUAAAUACCCCGUUUUGAACCUCUCCCAACAUCCCCUCCCCUACAAUUUGGUAGUUAGAGAGCAGCAUCCUUAGGCCUUACGGCAUGGUACUGCAUACUUUAUAAAGUAAUAAUACUAGUAAAAUAUGAAAAAGAUUAAUGUAGAAAAGAUGAUCUGUCUUUGAGACUCUGAAAAACUAGUUUGAAGUGAUAUAUGAAUUUCUUUUUCUGACUUGCUAUAUUGUCUCUACUUAGUGUAAAACAGGCGAUAGUUGUUUGCCCUUAAACUAAAACCGUCUUCGUUGCCAGGUGUGGAAGAAUUAGUGAAGGAAUUACGGAGUAAAAUAGUCCGAAUUUUGUUUGCUUUGGCAAAAUGGCGCAAAAGUUCAAAUCACUUGACAGGCUACCCUGCUGAAAACACCCAGCUUAAACCAGCGCAGAGGUUUUCUGGUUUUAGGUGGUCUCUUAUUAGUUUAACCAGGUAAGACCAGCUUAAACUAACCAACACCAGCAAGUUUGCAAGGCUGGUUUAAGCUCUUAAGCUAAGUCAAUAAACUUUAAAGGACUUGACAUUUGCGAAGCCGUUUCAAAUUAAAUACUACAUUGUAUCUCAUUAGAUGAAAAAUCAUCUAAAAAUUAAGCGUUCUUCCAGUUUAGCAUUUUUUUUAUGAUUUUUGUUAUUCGAGCUUAUCUGAGAGAAAAAACAUAGAGUCUGAAAAUGGCAGAAAACUGCAUGAUUUGAUCAUUUGGUACAAAGUGACCACUGACAGAACUAAAAACAUAUUCUACAGGUUUACAGUUUUUCUCAAAAGAAGCACUUUGUUUACAGCAGAAGGCACUUGACUUAUUUGGGUAACCAUGGUGACCCACUGAAAUCACCUCCUUUUAUCCACAACCUUCACAUUUCCUGAAAGAGACAUAUCAAGUCUGAAAAUCUUUUUAAGUAACUUUAAAUACUCCACAUCGUGUCUUUCAAUGUGGUUUCUACUCCUUCUAGCACUAAGUCUCCAUGGCAACAGUAUCUCACUUCCACAUCCUGCCCACCCGAUCACAACAUACAGUAUAUUUGAAAAGCAAAAAAUAUAUAUUAUUGUAACUUAGGCAGGUUUUAUUUUAGAGAGAUACAUUGUAACGAUAACCCUGGUAUAUGUGAAUGAAAAAAAAAGAUAAAAACAAGAAUAUUUUUUGCAGUGUACGAAGUACCACAUCAAAAAUAUAUCAUAAUGGCUUUUUUGUAUUUUAGAUAGUCGUAUUAAAAUUGCUGAUGGUCGAGCAGGUUUACAUGGUUAUGUAUCUUGCGUAAUAUCGAUAAAAAUGGAUGAAGUAUUAGCUUUUCCCUAUAGCUUUCUCCAAACCUUGUUUUCUGUGCGAGUCGACGGAAAUGAACAAGGUGAAAUUUUACCUGAAUAUAAUAGGACUAAUAGUGGCAUAAUCCAUUAGAAUGGACUAGACUUUAAUCUUAUUUUUAGAAGAUAAUGUGAUCCAGGUUUCAGUUUGUAUUGUUUAUCUACAGUAUUCUCAAUCAGACGUGACUGAUAGCUGUCUGUUGGUGUGUAUAGUGGUACAGUUUUGGCCUUCGCUAUGAUCAUUUGCUCCGAAACCCGGACCCGAUCAUGAUUGCAAUGUUUUAGAAUGAGGUAUAGUGAUGUUAAUAUUACAAAAAACAGGAGUAUAUUACAGAUAUAUAUCCAUAAGUUGCCAUUUUCAGCAAGUGGACUGCACAAGUGUUUACCAAAUAAUCAUUCAUUAUUACCAAUGGCCAUGCGAAGAUGAAUUGUAGAGGGGAAAGCGAUAAAUGAUCAAUGUAUACGCAGUGAAGCCGUGCCUGAACUCAUUUUGCUCCAAAUUAUCCCUUUUGUUGAAUCUAUUCAGUGAUGAGUAUUUCUGUCUAUAGUGAAUGUGAAUUUAUAACAAGCAGAAGAAAAUAGAAAGGUUAAAACAAAUUUAAGGUGACAAAGCUAAGGAAGACAAAACAAUGUUAUGCUGCUUUUGUGCUAUGGUUGCCAGCAACUGUAGAGCACUCUGGAAAUGUUUCAAACUUCAAAUGAUCUUUUAGCGGAAAUCAUGCACAGUAGUACCCGUGAACCGUUCGUCCGUUUUCUCUCUGUUCUUCAGCUGCUUUGAUUCAAAUGAACAUUUUUAUGAAAGAGACAGUUUCCAGAAUAAAGAAGUCACCAGCCUGCUCUUUGACAUUCAAAACGUGGGACGUUUGAUUGGGAUAUUGCCUAGUCGUUUUGUCAUUAUAUUAUUUCUGUUUGUUGAAACAGGACCUCAAAACAACACAACGCAUCACCUCAUUUAUUUGUUUGUUUUUUUUUCAUACCAAAACCCUGGGGAGAAGAAACUUCUUUUUGCCUAACCCUAAACUAUAAGGAAUACUCGAAAUGACCUUGUUUAUAUAGUAAGUUUGAUUUCUUUAAUAAUACUUUCAGAAGAAAGAGUUAUUUUAGUAAUGUCCUUGCUCUUCCAAGCUUCAAUACAGGGUAUGCAACAACGUCACUUUUCCACGUGACCACGCCCUGUUGAGUGGCAAAACUUUUAACAAAAUGGCUGGUUUUCAUAGCGGCUGCUGCAAAAACGCCAGUAAAACUGACUAUUAUCAGCUUAAAUUUAAUAUAGUUGGCCUUAACGGUGACUCUGACAACUUGCCAAACAACCAGUAGUCUGUGGACAAUGGCAUAUGGCCAGACAUUGCUUUUCCUGACAUAUAUUGGCGCUUUUCCAUUGCAUAGUACCCUACGGUUUGGUUUGGUUUAGUUUGGGACGGGUCAGCUUACUUUUUGGAGCUUUUCCAUGGAGUGCAGUACGUAGUACCCGAUUUUUCGUACCACCUCGGUUGGGGUUCCAACCGACCCGAGCUGAUACCAAACGUGACGCGAAGACACUGUAGAUCAGAUUGGUCUGAGAGAAUCGUCACUACCAGCGUCAUCGCUAUAAUGUAAAAGAUUAGCUUUACCUAGUGCUAGCUUGCACUGUCUCGAGCAAACAUGUUGUCAUCUGUGCUUUGCUGUAAGUUCCCAAACUCCCUUUUAGUGAUGAAUAACAUCCACAGGUUGAGAAUCAGUGACACCAUACCAGUUUUUUUCCAGACUUGCAGUUUGUGGCGGCACAUUCGCGACGAGCACGUCAGCAUUAUGCUUAAAUGCAACUUCAAUGAGGCUCCGCGGAGUGCCGUCGACUGAAGCCACGGGUGUUAAACGCGUUGUGCAAACAUCUAUUUGUGGUGGCUCAUUUUAAUUUUGUUGCGGACUGAGAAAUAAAUGAAUGUAUGAGAAUGUACAAUGACGCUCUCUCUCACUUAUAUGAUGUCACAGCAGUAGGCAGCGCAAAUAUAACGACAAGCCUAUAAUCCCUCCCACUGCGAAGUGAUACUAAACUCAAUGGAAAAGCUUUUUACUGAAGACUCACUGACAAAACUUUGCAAUUACACAGAAUAAGAGUAUUUAUUGGUGUAUUUUUUAUGGCUAUUGCUACUGAUUUACUUCACCUUUUAGUGUUUUUCUUUUAGUGUUAGCACAGUUGAUCACACAACUACUUUUCCCAUUUUAGACGCGUUUUUCACUUUAUGCUAAUGCUGUCGCUCAGACUUUUUGCCACUCUGUGGGCGUAACCGCAGUCACUUUCGCCGAAGGUGAUGUCACGUGCAUACCCUUUAUAGAGGUAGAAAACGACGCCAUCUUGGACUCACGCGAUUCAGGAGAGUAUUCACUGCGUAACGUAUGGCUCACUACGCUAAAUCUCCUGAAUCGCUUGAGUCCAAGAUGGUGUUGUUAUCAAAAGCUAGUUUAUAAAGUUUGAAAUAUUUUUUUUCAUAUCAAAAUCGAUUUCCCACAAAAGAUAUUUUUUAACCCCUUGGAGCCUUGUGGAUUACCUCAGUGAAGGAUGAAUGCACGUUUUGGGGGUUUAAAGUCAGAAGUUGUUUCCUGAUCCCUGUUUUCACACAUUAUAAGCUUGGAAGAGUAAGGACAUUUACUAAAAUUACUCUAAAUGUGCUCGUCUGAAAGAUGAUUUACAUGCGUAAGUAUCGCUUUAAGUUAUCCCUACAUCCUAUUCUAAUAUUGGGCUAUACAUUGAGUGUUUUAAGGCAUUGGGAAUGUUUAUGGAUAUAGUGAUUUAUAUUCCCAUUAUUUCCCAUGCCCAGAUAAAUUGGAUUAAAAUCACUUUAAGUGACUUGAAUUUGUAUUCAUAUAUUAUUUUUGGAAAUAUAAAUAUUUCACAUCAUUUCAAUAAAAUUUGGCUAGAACUUUAUCAGUUCGCCUAUUAAAGCAUUUAUUUGUAUUUAUUUUAAAGACAUACGAGACAUGUCUAAACGAAAUGGCUUUGGCAAAUUUUGAGUUUGUCCUCCCCGGGUUUUCUGUGAGCUGAUCUGAAUUCUAGCACUUUUAAACCUUUUAAAGAGUAUUUUUCAGCCUUGUAUGUUUGUAUGUUUUUAAUUUUGUAUUUGAUCGUGUAUGUGCCAUUAGUUUGACGUGUAGAGUUUAUUCAUCAUCUUCAUGUAAUUGUUUUUUCCUCCUUUUCCAAAAGAGUAACAGUAUUUUUUUUUCACUAAUAUUAGCUGCAUUAGCCCUUACCCCGCUUUGUCUUUUCAUACAUUUGAGGAAGUCAUUUAGAUCAUUUAAAGUGACACAUGCUCAUAAAGAAAUGCCUGGGAAUAGUUCUCACUUUUCUUAUAAACUGUGAAACAGAAACCCACUGCCACAAAAAAAAAACAGCUAAACCUCGUCCAUCUCCAGCUACGAUGGUGUUUUGAUCAACAUGCUGGCAGGCUAAACUGGUUUAUUAGAAAUCACUCCCUGCCCCCAAAAAGCACUUUUGGUUUAAAUGAAGUUUAACAUAAUAACUGCCUGGAUUGGUUGAGCUCAGAAUCUCAUUUACAUUUUUUCUGGCAAGUUAUCAGGGUAUUUUUACGUCACACGGCGAGGACAGAUUAACCAAGUUAAAGUAAUAUUUUCCUCUUUUGUAUCUGCAAAGGAUGCACUUGCCCAAAUAAGUUGGUUGCAAACAAAAACAUUAAGGGAAAUUUUAAAAGGUAACCAACCUAAAAUAAAUCUGAUUAUUUUUUAAGAUAAACUAUUAAAUAAGUAAUGCUCUUUCUGCUUAUAGUGAGUAAAUGGGUACUGUUUGCGUAGGACAAAAUCCACUUGUAGUUUUAUAUAUUUUAGCUUAAUGUAAGUACUGCAUUCCAAGCUUUCUAUGUAACUUGUUUAGCAACAUAGUCCUUUUAUUUUUAGUACUUGCUUAUUACCACGACUUCUGGAGGAAAGGGUGAAAAUGGAAAGAUUCAUUCUUACACUAUUUUUUAAAACACAAAUGAUCAUUGACGGGAUGAACUGUACAAAAAUAAAGAUGACAAACAGUCCGCUUGUACUUACAGUUCACCUGCAGUCAGUUACAGCAUUGUAAAGUUGACAGAUUUGUAUAUUGGUUGAUCCAAAGAGAUGACAUUACAACAAACCUAUUUACUUAUUGUACAGUACAAUUGUACCAUUUGACUUGUUAUGUGUUAUGUUAAAAUGAUUAAAAGACAAACCCACGGUUUUA